AUGCUCCCACGCCUCAGCCGGUUUGCCGGGCUCCUACGCCCCAACCGGCUGGUCCAGCGCCCAGGCCUCACCGGCCCGUCGGGCUCGCCCGGGGUUACAGUGGCUCUGUCAUGUUCUCACCACUUGUCUCAAAUAUGGGUCCACAAUUUGACCAACUACUCUCAAAGCAGAACAAGUCUGUCAGGGGAGUGUGUGCCCAAGGUGGACAUCAUGUUCAUGAAGACCCACAAGACUGCCAGCAGCACAUUACUCAACAUCAUCUUCCGCUUCGGUGAGAAGCACGGUUUAAAGUUUGCCUUUCCUAAAGGUCGCAAUGACUUCUUCUACCCAUCCCCUUUCCUUUGCUCCCAGGUCAAAGACUACCAGCCUGGGGUAUGUUUCAACAUCUUAUGUAACCACAUGCGCUUUAAUGGGCAUGAGGUGGCAAAGCUCCUCCCAGCAGACGCUCCCUAUUUCACCAUCCUACGAGACCCGGCGGAGUUGUUUGAGUCAUCCUUCCAUUAUUACAGCCGAGCGAUUCCCCUCACCUGGGGGAUCCACGGAGAUAGCAAACUGGCUGAGUUUCUGCGUGAACCCAUGAACUACUACACCCCAGGGAGCUACAACUCAUUCUACCUCAAGAACCUGCUCUUCUUUGACUUUGGAUUUGAUAACAACUUAGAGCCGGACCACCCUCUGGUGGAGAGGGGUAUUCAGACCUUGUCCCAACGCUUCCAGCUGGUCCUGAUGGCGGAGCAUUUUGAGGAGUCUCUCAUCCUGCUGAAAGAUACACUCUGCUGGACGAUGGAAGAUAUGCUGUUCUUCAAGCUCAAUGCCCGCAAGCACUCAUCUGUGUCACGACUGACCCCUGAGCUAAAGGCCAAGGCCCGGGAGUGGAACGGGGCCGACUGGAGGCUCUACCAGCACUUUAAUGCCACAUUCUGGGCCAAGGUGGAGGCAUACGGGUGGACACGGAUGGAGCAGGAAGUGAAGGAGCUGAGGAGGAGGAAUGCAGAAAUGGCUGCCAUGUGCAUUGAGGGUGGGGGAGCAGUGGAGGCUGGGCUGAUUCGGGACACAGAUCUGCUUCCCUGGCAGCCAGUUGGAGAGAACUUCAUCCUGGGUUACAAUUUAAGGAAAAACAUUGACCCCAAAUACAGGGAACUCUGUCGGAAAAUGCUCACACCUGAAAUACAGUACCUAUCAGAGCUAGGGGUCAACUUGUGGCUCACAAGAUUAUGGGGUUGGUUAAAGGAUACUAUAUUCUAG